AACUCGCUUCCACCGUCCAGCAACUUACCAUCCACACAAUGCCUCUUCUCACCAAAAUCCAUGGAUUAUCCAAAAACCUCUCUCUCUCUUCUCUCUUCUUCUCCUACACACUCUCCUUCAAUGUCCAACCAAUCACACAUAAUACCCUAAUAAACUGCUAAACUCCUUGCAACCCCUCCAACAUCCCCCCCCAACAAAACCUCCCCCAAACCAUGCUGCUUAACCUCCUCAUCCACCCUUAUCCCUCUUCCCCUCCGACUCCCCCUUCCUCUCUCUUUCCCCCAAACCCUAACCCUAAAAAUCCUAACACCUCCUCCCUCUCGCUCCACACUAUAGUUUUCCCCAGCAGCAGCAGCAGCAGCAGUCGUCGGCGAGGGCGGCGGCGGCCGGUGGCAGGGGCGGCGGCGGCGGGAGGAUUGCUGGAGGGGGCGCAGUCGGUGGCGGAGGCGGCGUCGGUGCUGGCGGCGAUCGUGCUGGUGCACGAGUGGGGCCACUUCGCGGCGGCGGCGGUGCGGGGGAUCCGCGUGAGCCAGUUCGCGGUGGGGUUCGGCCCGGUGCUGGCCCGCUUCGUCUCCCGGGGCGGCGACGGGGUGGAGUUCUCCGUGCGCGCCUUCCCCCUGGGCGGGUACGUGGCCUUCCCGGACCCGGACGACCCCGACCUGCCCUUCCCCCCCGACGACCCCGACCUCCUCCGCAACCGCCCCCUGCCCGACCGGCUCCUCGUCGUCUCCGCGGGGGUGGCCGCCAACGCCCUCUUCGCCUUCCUCCUGGUGCUCGCCCAGUCCCUCCUCCUCGGCCUCCCCUCCCGCCUCCCCCUCCGGUGGCCUUCGUCCCCGACGUCCGCGCACCUCCUCCCCCCCGCCGCCCUCGCCGGCCUCCUCCCCGGCGACGUCGUCCUCUCCGCCCCCUCCGUCGCCGACCUCGUCGACGCCAUCAAGCGCAGCCCCUCCUCCCCCGUCCCCCUCACCGUCUCCCGCGGCGCCCAGACCCUCCGCCUCGUCGUCGUCCCCGACCCCGCCCCCGACGGCUCCGGCCGCAUCGGCGUCCAGCUCUCCCCCAACUUCCGCCUCACCCGCCUCCGCCCCGCCUCCCUCCCCGACGCCCUCGCCCUCUCCUGGGCCGAGUUCGCCCAGCUCUCCCUCUCCGUCCUCGACGGCCUCAAGAACACCUUCCUCAACCUCUCCGAGUCCGCCGACAAGGUCUCCGGCCCCGUCGCCAUCAUCGCCGUCGGCGCCGAGGUCGCGCGCUCCAGCUCCGACGGCCUCUUCCAGUUCGCCGCCGUCAUCAACCUCAACCUCGCCGUCAUCAACCUCCUCCCCCUCCCCGCCCUCGACGGCGGCUCCCUCGCCCUGCUCCUCGUCGAGGCCGCCCGCGGCGGCCGCAAGCUCCCGCGCGAGGUCGAGCAGCGGAUCAUGUCCUCCGGCGUCCUCGUCGUGCUCGCGCUCGGAAUGUUCCUCAUCGUCCGCGACACCCUCAAUCUCGAUUUCAUCAAGGAGAUGUUGUGAUGGAGGAGGGACGCCAAAACUUUUGAAUUUUGGACUGAAGCAUUCAUUGAAAGCACUGAAGGGGUGGUUCUUGGUCGCGAGAUUCGAAUUCGGAUUCCGCAGGCGAAAAUGGUGAUCAAGCAUUGCUCUCUUGAUCCUUUCCCUGGUUUGAUUUGUGCUCUGCAGCGGCCGCGGAUAAGCUGAUCAUGUAGAAUAGUAGGAUGUUUGUUAAAUUGUUUGUGCAUGCUCUCCUAUACCAGAGAAACACAAGUUUUUAUGAUUUCGCUCUCAAGGGUAAUAGAAUUACAUGUCAAAUUAUUCUUUUCUCUCUUUUCUACUACUGAUUGAAAGAAGUUACAGGGGCUGGUUGGAUAGUACUUACACUGCUUUUUAUAUUUGAUCUUUCUGUUUAUAUGAA